CAUCAUCGUCUUCUUCUUCCGGACGUCAUCGUCACAAGUCGAACGCCGUUGUUCUGCCAUGAAGGAGGUCGGGUCUCCCACCGAGGCGUUCGACACCUCAUACGACACGGCUUGGCCAACGCUGUCCGGGUCAGGCAGGAAACGAGGCAAGACAAGCAAGACGAGACACCCGUUCGUAAAGCACCACGACGAAGCUCCCAGCGUGCCCCCGUUUUCGCCAUCUUGGCCGGGGCAGGAGCCUCCACAUGUGACGUCGCCCGAGCAGCCAGCACCUUCGGCCCACACCGACGAACCUGCCAACGAGGCGCCCAAGGAACCUGCGAGCAAAGUGACAGCUGGCGCUGAGACUGCGAAAUCGAGAGAGGAGGAAUGCAGCAUUUCAAGUGCCGUGGCCACAUUUCUUCGAGCCGGGAAAGAUGGCGGAGGACAAGAGGAAUGCGGGAAGCCAACUUCCGGCACCUCUGAGGCAGCACCCGGAAUUGCGGAGCCGCCUAAGAAACUAUCCACGGAGAGUCACGACAAGGCGGAACAGCGCACGUGCAUCUGCGGCCCCAAGACGAAGAUCCUGCUGCUCACGGUGGCCGGCGUGACGCUAGUGAUUAUCGCGACGGCCGUGGUGACCGCGGUGAAGAACAGUUCGCCCCGCGACGAUCCCGUGAUCAGCGGCCACUUCGGCGCGGUGCGCGGUCAGCGGCUCGUGGUCAGCGACCAGGACCACCAGUGGACCGUGCACGCCUUCCUGGGCGUCCCUUUCGCAAAGGCGCCCCGGGGGGAAUUGCGCUUCAAGCCGCCGCAGCCCCUGACCGCGCCGGUGGGGAAAGACCAGCGAGAGGACUCUGUGACCAGGACUCUGGACACCUGGACAAAGCGGCCGCCCUGUCCGCAGCAGGACUUCUACCUGGGCCACCUGGCCGUCAAUACCAGCAACGCCACCGAGGACUGCCUGCACCUGAACAUCUGGGCACCGCCUUCGAGCUGCGGCGCCACCGAAGAACAGGAGGCGUGCCAGCUUCGAACCGUGCUCUUCUUUCUGUACGGGGCGGCCUUCCAGAACGGCGGGAAUAACUUCGAGCUUUACGACGGCCGAUACCUGUCCGCCCUUGGCAACCUGGUCGUGGUCGUGCCGAACUACCGCGUCGGUCCGCUGGGCUUUCUAGGCAGCCGCGUGGGGACGAGUUUUCCCGAAAACUUGGGCCUGCACGACCAGCGGCUGGCGCUCGAAUGGACGCGAGACAACAUCGACUCCUUCGGCGGCAGCGCGUCGCAUCUAGUGCUGGCGGGCCACGACGCCGGCGCGACGUCCCUGGGCUACCACCUGUUCAGCGGAGACACGGCGUUCUGGACGCAGGACGUGGAUCGCUUCAUACUCCAGAGCGGAGGACCCUUCCACAGCUACGAAGGACAGAACGUGGAAGGAGCCCGUCAGCUGAUCGCCAGCCUGCGUUGCCCCGGCGACAUGUCGUCCGAGGUGACGCUCGGCUGCCUCCAGAGAGCGCACGCGGAUGCGAUCGCCCGAAGUCCUAUCGCGCCCAGUUUCGUGCCAGUCUUCGGCAGGGAGCCGCUUCCGAGACCUCAGCCGCUGGAUGCGCGGGACAAGUCUAUCAAGGCGACCGGUCUCAAGGGGAAGCAGUUCCUGCUGGGUCGCGUGGCGUGCGAGGGCGCCUACCCGUGGUUCGUCGAGCAGCGCCACACGGGCGCGGGCGACCCGCAGCAGAUCGCCACCCUGCUACUGGGCCACAAGGAGGUCCGGCGCUGGCAGAACGACUCGGGCGUACAUCGAGGCCGCAUCCUUCUCGAGCGCUGGCAGAACGCCACGGGCAUCAGCCUGAGCCUGGACCCCGGACGCAGAACCUACCAGGAGGCCGUUGGGGACAUCCUGGAAGUGUGCCCGAUGUCCGAGCUCGCCGAGCAGCUGUACGCGUGGCACAACCGGGUGCACGCGUACGAGCUCGGCUACCGGCCCAGUUACUCCAGCUGGCCCAGCGAGACCGCCGCCGUCCACUUCGAAGACAUGGAGCUCGUGUUCGGCAUGCCGCUGAGGCCCGGCGUGGCGUCCAGCGACCUGGACAAAGCCUGGUCGCGCACCAUGAUCCACGUGUGGGCAACGUUCGCGCGAACCGGCCAGCCGCCUGCUGUGCACAAUAUGAGCUGGCCCAGGUACGACUCCACCCUGCAUACCAUAAUGAAGCUGGGUCCCCAAGACGUCACCGAGCAAACCGAAACGAAGCGGACGCGCUGCAACCUUAUGCGAGACACCAGUGUGCCGUAAUGAGCGACUUCACACUCGAGUGUGAAGUCGCUUUCACCCUCUACUACAUGCUCUUCACAUUUUUUUUAAUAUCUGGUCUGCCCUGAAGUCGUACUUGCCUCACAAGCUAGCCACUUAAGUUCUUUAUUGUAUAACGUACGUUUCUUUAAUAUGUAGUCAAUGUUCGGAUGCAAACGAAUUGUCAAAUGAAAUAUACCUAUUGAAAUCAUUCUUUCAACAAAAGGCAUGCAAGUUAUUUACCAUUCAAUAGACACUGCUGCCGACUUCCACUGCUGCAAUGCAACAAUAUUUGUGUCAAAAUUGCGUCAUUGUGCCAUCUGUAGUGCCUCUUCAGUACGUCACAUCGACAUUUGCCGCACUGUCCGAGCCAUCACAGCCUAUACGACAUCUGUACAUAAAUAAUUUUGCGUUUCCUUGUAAUAGCCAACACUUACGCUGUUAACAACUGAUAGAAGUACAUGCGCAGAUUUCAAAAUUCAAGUGUCGAAUCGGGUGCCUACAGUGAUGUGUCGCAUUCUGCACUGUGCACUGAUAUCAGAUGUUUGUUUUACCGAGACCCUUGUGCGGGAAAUGCUUGACCACCUGCGUGGCACUGGCCACUUGCUGAAAUGGUGACACCAAGGUGAAGCCAGACUCUAGUUUGACAUGUUCCUUGUAUUCCUGCCUGCGUUUGCACGUUCACUCUUAUUAGUUUAGUUUGGCACUAGUUUGCACACCAGAUCCACCUUGCAAGUCGUUUUUUACAUGUUAGCAUUAGGUGUGUCAAAGCAGCAAAAAGUGUGUGUUUGAAGCAGACCAAGAGGCAGGCCAUGUGUCGAGUAAGCUCCUGAACAAAGCUUUGCAAUAGGAUGAAUGCGGUUUAAACCAUGGAUCCAGGGUCUCAAAGAGGUGCGGUGCAAUGCCUAACACAUUUCUCUUACAUUUAUUUAUUUUUACAUACUGC